AGGCAUUCACACGGUACAACUAGUUGUAUACAAUUUGUUGCAUGCAACUAGUUGCACGAACUGAAGUUGUAUACAACUCGGCAUUCACACGGCGGCGAGUUGCAUACAACUCGGAUCUCGCGAGAUCUCAAUUUUUAAGACGAUGUUUACAUUACGUCAUGGCGUCCGCGUAUUACUAUGAUAGCGAUGACGAUAUACUUGAGAUUGCCACAGUUGCGUUGCUUGUGGAUUGUUCACAAGUAAGAACCAAGCGGUCAUGUUGGGUCAGGCCAUGGAUUGCUAGGCGAGGGCAAUUUGGAGCAUACAGCGCUCUUUUGGCUGAGCUCGAAGCCGAGGAUACAAAGGCCUUCUCCAAUUUUCUUCGCAUGAACAAGUCAAGCUUCACCGAUCUCCUAGAUCGCGUGUCACCUCUUAUUGCCAAAACAGACACCCCCAUGCGUGAUGCCAUUCCACCCGGUGAGAAGUUGGCCAUUACUCUCCGCUAUCUAGCCACCGGAGAUAGUUACAAGUCACUGGAAUAUCUAUACAGAAUACCAAGCAACACAAUAUGUGGAUUUAUUCCUCAUGUCUGCCAAGCGAUUUAUGACUCAUUGAAGGAUGAUUACCUGAAGGUUCCAACCACAGAACAGGAAUGGGCAGACAUUAGUCAGGGAUUCAGUGACAAGUGGCAAUUCCCACACUGUAUAGGAGCACUGGAUGGGAAACACAUUGCCAUUCGGGCCCCUACAAACUCUGGAUCAUUGUAUUACAAUUAUAAAAAUUUCUUCAGCAUUGUUUUGUUGGCCCUUGUUGAUGCAAAUUAUAAGUUUAUUUAUGUUGACAUAGGAGCCAAUGGAAGAGCCAGUGAUGCAGGUAUAUUUGCAAACUCCUCAUUGUAUGCAGCUAUGGAGAACAAUACUCUGAAUGUACCACCCCCUUCCCCCCUUACUGGACGCCAAGAACCUGUGCCCCAUGUCAUUGUUGGGGAUGAUGCUUUCCCACUAAAGACAUAUAUCAUGAAACCAUUUCCCUUUAGAGAUACUACAGAGGACAAAAAGGUCUUCAAUUAUCGCCUUUCUAGAGCUAGACGUGUCUCUGAAAAUGCAUUUGGCAUACUUGUAAACAGAUUUGCUGUAUUUCAAAGAACUAUUACUGUUGAACCUGAAAAUGGCAUUAAGAUUGUUAUGGCAUCUGUGGCUCUUCACAACUUUCUUCGCACAAAAUGUGACAAUGCAUACACAGAAUCAAAUAGCACUGAUAUUGCUGUUGUAAGAGAGAGUAGAGCAACAUCACUUGUCCAGCAAGGGGGAAACAGAAACACUGCCAAUGCAAGAACUGUUAGAGAGGAAUUUGCUGAAUAUUUUUCUACAAAUGGUCAGGUUCAGUGGCAAUGGGACCAUGUCAUCUAAAGUUAUAUUUCUAAUACCCUUUACCUAUAGUACAGAUGGAGACAGUUCUUUAAGUUCAUGGUCAUUCAUAUGUUCGCACUUCAGCAACAGUACAAAUAGUACAAUCUUUUCAUUUGAAUGAGUGAGUGAGUAUGGUUUCAUGCCGAUUUUAGCAAUAUUCCAGCAAUAUCACACAUUGUACCCAUGUCGGGAAUCGAACCCAAGGUCUUCGGCGUGACAAGCGAACCCUUUAACCACAGGCCGCCCUCAUUUGAAUGAAUUUUAUCAACAAAAUCAUGAUAAUGAUAAAUAUGCCUAUUUUCAUGACACCAACCAUGUUG